AUGCUCGUAUCCUGGCACCUCAUAUCACCGAGCCUAAUAAUUUUGUGGUUAUGUUCAACUGAAUCUCUCUGCCCCGAGUCCUGCUAUUGUAGACAAUCAGAAAAGGGCCAAAGAAAAGUAUCGUGCGUCAAGGGCGGCAUGCGGGACCCUCUUCCAGUAUCCGAAAUCGACCUCGGUAUGGAGGUUCUCGAGAUAUCAGCUCCAAAGGAUAAUCCCAAUACCUUGUCAAUCAGCCCCAUUUUCCAACAAUUUAAACGUUUGGAGGAGAUUAGCAUUAAACGAUCAAACAUCCAUCAAAUCGGAGUUCAUCCAUUUUGGGGAGUACCUACGAUACGCCUUUUAGAUUUAAGUCAUAAUAACAUCAGUGCCGUGUAUGAUCAUAACUUUCGGGGUUUAGUUAAUCUAGUGGAAUUAAAUUUGGAUUUUAAUAGAAUCGAACGACUGUCGGUGGGAGUUUUUAAACAUCUUACGGAAUUGAGAAUGUUGACUUUAAAAAAUAAUUUAAUUAGUGAUUUGGAACCAAGGAUAUUUUUAAAAUUAGUGAAGCUGCAUAUUUUAAAAUUAAGUGAGAACAAGUUUACUGAAGAACUUAAUCCAGAAGUGUUCAAAGAUAUAUCGUUGUAA